GCGGUGUCGUGUUGCUCCAGCUGGGCUCGAAUGAGGACGCCCGGACUGUAGAGGAAUCCGGCGGCGAACGCGGCACCGCAGUAAAAUGAAUGAAAAUAAACCUGGUGUCUCACAGAAUCUUGCUUGUGUUUUCUGUCGAAAAAAUGAUGACUGUGCUAAUAAAUAUGGAGAAAAGAAAACUAAUGAGAAAUGGAAUCUCACUGUACAUUACUAUUGUUUGUUGAUGUCAAGUGGAAUUUGGCAGAGAGGUAAAGAAGAAGAAGGAAUGUAUGGUUUUCUAGUAGAAGACAUCAGGAAGGAAGUGAAUAGAGCUUCUAAACUGAAAUGCUCUGUUUGCAAGAAAAACGGUGCUUCAAUUGGAUGUGUAGCACCUCGAUGUAAACGAAGUUAUCAUUUUCCAUGUGGACUUCAGAGAGAAUGUAUUUUCCAGUUUACUGGCAAUUUUGCGUCAUUUUGUUGGAAACAUCGUCCUGUUCAAAUUAUUACACCUAAUAAUUACAGAGACUCUGUCCCAUGCACCAUUUGUUUGGAAUUUAUUGCACCUGUUCCUACGUAUAGUGUAUUACGAAGUCCUUGUUGUAAGAAUGCUUGGUUUCAUAGAGACUGUGUGCAGGUUCAAGCAAUAAAUGCAGGAGUAUUUUUCUUUAGGUGUACAAUAUGCAAUAAUAGUGACAUCUUUCAGAAAGAGAUGUUGAGAAUGGGAAUUCAUAUUCCUGAAAAAGAUGCAUCUUGGGAAUUAGAGGAAAAUGCUUAUCAAGAGCUUUUGGAGCCCUAUGAACAUUGUGAUGUACGAAGAUGUCGUUGCAAAGAAGGGCGAGACUAUAAUGGCCCUGAUAGCAAAUGGGAGAUAAAGCGCUGUCAGUGCUGUGGUUCUAGUGGAACACAUUUAGCCUGUUCCUCACUACGGUCAUGGGAACAAAAUUGGGAGUGUUCAGAAUGUAGAAGUAUUAUCUACAAUUCAGAUUUCCGAAAAGCCAAAAAACACUCAUUACCCAACUCUAAUAAUGUGGCCAUUACCGAUUGUUUGUUGGAAGAAUCAUCACCUAAGUUACCCAGACAGUCACCUGGAGCGCAGAGUAAAGAUCUACUAAGGCAAGGCAGCAAGUUUAGAAGAGAUAUUUCAACAAUAUUGAUAGAGUUAGGAUUUCAAAUUAAGAAAAAAUCUAAAAGAUUAUGUAUCAAGAAAGCCGAUAUCUGGAACAGUGCCGUAGAUGAAUUUAGAAAUCAAAACUUCAAUCCUUCAUACAUAAUUGAAGUAGUAUUUCUUGAGAAAGAUAAUUUUGGAAGAGAGCAACCGGGAUCAAAGCAAGAAUUUCUGUGUCUUUUAAUGCAGUAUCUUGAGAACUCUCCAAUGUUUGAAGGUUCCUUAUCAAAGAACUUAUCUCUAAAUUCUCAAGCUCUAAAAGAGAAUCUUUAUUAUGAAGCUGGCAAAAUGCUUGCCAUUUCCUUGGUUCAUGGUGGUCCUUCACCUGGUUUCUUUUCUAAAACCCUGUUUAACUGCCUUGCUUAUGGACCAGAAAAUACCCAACCAAUUUUAGAUGAUAUAUCAGACUUCGACGUGGCGCAGAUUAUAAUCAGGAUAAAAACUGCAACAAACAUGGAUGACUUAAACUCAGUAAUAAAUGAAUGCUAUAACUACCUAGAACUUAGUGGAUGUCUAAGACAUAUAACAGCAUUAACUGAUAAAUACAUGUUAGUAGAAGACAUACUUGUCUAUCAUGUAAUUAAGAGAGUCCAAGCACCCUUUGAAAGUUUUAAGCAGGGUCUGAAAACACUUGGUGUAUUGGAGAAAAUUCAGAUGUACCCAGAAGCAUUUUGUAACAUCCUCUGUCACAAACCUGAUUCUCUUUCUGCAAAAAUCCUUAAAGACCUUUUUACUGUACACACGUUACCUAAUGUGCCAGCAUUGGGGUUUUGGAACAGUUACCUACAGAAUGUUGAGGAUGGGAAAUCUGCAACAACAAUGGAAGACAUUCUUAUUUUUGCAACUGGUUGCAAUUCCAUUCCGCCUACUGGAUUCAAACCUGCUCCUUCGAUUGAAUGUCUGCAUAUGGAUUUUCCCAUUGGAAACAAAUGUAAUAACUGUUUAGCUCUCCCUAUCACCAGUACAUAUAAAAAAUUUCAGGAAAAUAUGGACUUUGCCAUAAGAAACACUUUAAGACUAGAAAAGGAAAAACGUUCUCACUACAAUGGACAUUAAAAUACUUCUUUAAAGAAAGAAAAGCUUCUUUAAAAGCUGCUUUUGAUAAUUUUCCUUUGUUUCAGAAAUCUAU